AGGAAAACAAGAGAAACAGCCAGUACAGCAGAGAGGAACGUGUGCCCAGCGGUCCUGGUCCCUGCAGAGCUAGGAGCUGAGACCCCAGUGCCUUGCCCACCCCUCAGCCCUGCAUCAGCCUGCCACCUCCCCACUGAGGCCAUGGGCCCAGGGGCUCUGCUGGUCCUGCUGGGGGCCACAACUUGGCACGUUCAAGGAGUCCCAGUGAUAGAACCCAGAGGCCCUGAGCUCGUCGUGGAGCCAGGCACAACGGUGACCCUGCGAUGUGUGGGCAACGGCAGUGUGGAAUGGGAUGGCCGCAUCUUCCCCCAUUGGAACCUGGACACUGAUGCCCCCAGCAGCAUCCUGACCACGAAUAACGCCACCUUCCUAAACACCGGGACCUAUCGCUGCACUGAGCCUGGAAGCCCCCUGGGGGCCAGUGCCACCAUCCACCUCUAUGUCAAAGACCCUGUUCGGCCUUGGAAGGUGCUGGCCCAGGAAGUGACAGUGAUGGAGGGCCAGGACGCACUGCUGCCCUGCCUGCUCACCGACCCCGCGUUGGAGGCAGGCGUCUCGCUAAUGCGGGUGCGAGGCCGGCCCGUCAUGCGCCAAACCAACUAUUCCUUCUCGCCCUGGUACGGCUUCACCAUCCACAAGGCGCAGUUCACUGAGAGCCACGGCUACCAAUGCAGUGCUCGAGUAGGCAGCAGUAUGGUAACAUCCACGAGCAUCUGGCUCAAAGUGCAGAAAGUCAUCCCAGGGCCCCCGACCUUGACGCUGGAGCCUGCAGAGCUGGUACGGAUUCAGGGAGAGACUGCCAAGAUCGUGUGCUCAGCGAGGAACGUUGACAUUAACUUUGACGUCUUCCUCCAACACGGAGACACCAAGCUCACAAUCCCUCAGCAAUCCGACUUCCAAGGCAACCAGUACCAAAAAGUCCUGGCCCUCGAGCUCGAUCACGUAAGCUUCCAAGAUGCCGGCAACUACUCCUGCGUGGCCACCAAUGUCCGAGGCAUCAACUCCACCUCCAUGGUCUUCCGGGUGGUAGAGAGUGCCUACUUGAACUUGACCUCUGAACAGAACCUCCUCCAGGAGGUGACCGUGGGUGAGAAGGUCAAUCUCCAAGUCAAGGUGGAGGCCUACCCGGGCCUGCAAGGUUUUAACUGGACCUACCUGGGACCUUUCUCUGACCACCAGCCCAAGCUCAAUUUUGUCAUGAUGAAGGACACAUACAGGUACACGUCUAUCCUCUCCCUGCCUCGCCUGAAGCCCUCGGAGGCCGGUCGCUACUCCUUCCUGGCCAGAAACACUGGAAGCGAGCAUUCUCUGACCUUUGAGCUCACGCUGCGCUACCCCCCAGAGGUAAGGGUCACGUGGGCCGUCAUCAACGGCUCUGACGCCCUGCUCUGUGAGGCCUCCGGGUACCCCCAGCCCAAUGUGACAUGGCUGGCGUGCAGGAGCCACACGGAUAGGUGUGAUGAGGCCCAAGAGCUGGUCCUAGAGGACUCACACUCGGAGGUGCUGAGCCGGGAGCCCUUCCACAAGGUGAUCGUCCAUAGCCUGCGGGCCAUGGGGACCUUGGAGCACAACCGGACUUACGAGUGCCGGGCCCUCAACAGCGUGGGGAACAGCUCCCAGGCCUUCAGGCCCAUCUCUGUAGGAGCCCACACGCAGCUCCCCGACGAGCCGCUCUUCACGCCCGUGUUGGUCACCUGCAUGUCCAUCAUGGCCUUGUUGCUGCUAUUGCUCAUGCUGCUUUUCUACAAGUACAAGCAGAAGCCCAAGUACCAGGUGCGCUGGAAGAUCAUCGAGAGCUACGAGGGCAACAGUUACACCUUCAUAGACCCCACCCAGCUGCCCUACAACGAGAAGUGGGAGUUCCCCCGAAACAACCUGCAGUUCGGGAAGACUCUUGGAGCUGGUGCCUUUGGGAAGGUGGUAGAGGCCACGGCCUUUGGUCUGGGCAAGGAAGAUGCUGUUCUGAAGGUGGCUGUGAAGAUGCUGAAGUCCACGGCUCACGCGGACGAGAAGGAGGCCCUCAUGUCGGAACUGAAGAUCAUGAGUCACCUAGGCCAACACGAAAACAUAGUCAACCUUCUGGGAGCCUGCACCCACGGAGGCCCUGUUCUGGUCAUCACUGAGUACUGUUGCUAUGGCGACCUGCUCAACUUUCUGCGAAGGAAGGCCGAGGCCAUGCUGGGACCCAGCCUGAGUGUGGCCCAGGACCCCCAGGCAGGCGCUGGCUACAAGAACAUCCACCUGGAGAAGAAAUAUGUCCGCAGGGACAGCGGCUUCUCCAGCCAGGGUGUAGACACCUAUGUGGAGAUGAGGCCUGUCUCUACUUCUUCUUCAAACGACUCCUUCUCUGAACAAGACCUGGACAAGGAGGAUGGGCGACCACUGGAGUUGCGGGACCUGCUCCACUUCUCGAGCCAGGUGGCCCAGGGCAUGGCCUUCCUUGCUUCCAAGAACUGCAUCCACCGGGACGUGGCAGCACGAAACGUCCUGCUGACCAGUGGGCGUGUGGCCAAGAUUGGGGACUUUGGGCUGGCCAGGGACAUCAUGAAUGACUCCAACUACAUCGUCAAGGGCAAUGCCCGCCUGCCCGUGAAGUGGAUGGCUCCAGAGAGCAUCUUCGACUGUGUCUACACGGUUCAGAGCGACGUCUGGUCCUAUGGCAUCCUGCUCUGGGAAAUCUUCUCACUCGGGCUGAACCCCUACCCUGGCAUCCUGGUGAACAGCAAGUUCUAUAAACUGGUGAAGGAUGGAUACCAAAUGGCCCAGCCUGCAUUUGCCCCAGAGAACAUAUACAGCAUCAUGCAGGCCUGCUGGGCCCUGGAGCCCACCCGCAGACCCACCUUCCAGCAGAUUUGCUCCCUCCUCCAGGAGCAGGCCCAAGUGCACAGGAGAGAGCCGGACUACACCAACUUGUCAAGCAGCGGCGGCAGCAGUGAGCCAGAGGAGAGCUCCAGCGAGCACCUGGCCUGCUGUGAGCAAGGGGAUAUUGCCCAGCCCCUGCUGCAGCCCAACAACUACCAGUUCUGCUGAGGAGACGGCCAGGAAGCUCCGCUUUCCCCUUCCUCCAAGCUUCAGCUCCACCGUGGAUGGGGCACCACGGGGAGAACCUACAGACUCUGCCCUUGGUCAUUUCACUCAACAGCCCGGCCCAGCUCUGAAACUCAGGGAUGUGAGACCCACGGGAGUUUGGGGAGGACCCCGCUUCCGCGGCCUGGGCCAUCACUGCCAGUCAGGGGCUAGGGCUGAGCCCCCCCACCCACUGUUCUCAAUGCUAUGGCCUCAUGUUCGCUAUGCCAACUGGGAGAACCCCAGCUCACUCUCUUAACCUCGUUCCCACUUCCAGGCACCCCUUUCCCUACUCCCCGUUAUCUCGUUGGAAAUGGACCGGUUUUGUGCCUACCAAGUGCCCCAGUAUUGAGACCAAGCUCCUUGGGCCUUGGCAGAGUAGAAGGACCCCCUCUGUAGCCAAGUGAAAUGGCAAGAGCAAACAGGUGCUCAGACACUGUGCCUGGCUCAGGGACCUUAGAGCAGGGUGGCCCCUUUCUAGGAAUGAACUGUACCUCCUACUCCCCACCCUCUGGCCUUCUCUCUACAGCCCCACCCACCCUGGAUCUGGUCGCUACAAUGAGCCAGGUGGCAGCUACAAGUUCGGGGUUCUGCCCAGUCCCCUGUCAUUCUGAGUUGGAAGGCAGGGGGCCUGUGUGGCUGGCCACACCAAGCGAGCAGCAUGCACUCCACCAAGCUGACCCCCCGUAACUAACAGUCGCCCUGCGGGAUGUCUCGGUCAUUAAACUAACAGCAUUAACACA